UGUAGUUCGAACUAGGGAGUUCUUAUGCUCAUGAUUGUUGAGAAUCAGUAAGCUGGCAACGAAGCCGCGUGGAAAGCUAUAACGCGGAGGAUGCCUUUUUCAAUUCUCCAGUAGGUUCGAGUAGUGUGUGUAAGCAUAUUGAUACUUUUCUUUUUGGAAUGAAUACGUUAACAACAUAGAAGUACGAUUCAGAUUGUUAAUGUAAGGUGUAGUUUUCGUAGAAAAGGAUUCGUUUCAUGAUUUUUAUUUUGAUUCUCCAUGUUUUCCUUGCUCCCUACUCCUGGUGAGUCAGUAAAAAUCUACUAAACUACUAUCUAAAACUUUGUUCAUCACCUUUCGCCUUAUUAACAGUAAUAGAAUAAACACAGAGCAGAUAGAUAAAAAUGACUGUGAUGUUGCCAACGCCUGUGGUGGCCCGUGUGCCGGAUUGGAGUGUUGAUCUCUCAGAGGUGGCUGACGAAGAUCUCAAGGACCUUCGAAAUUAUGUACUCAACACCGACAUCCGGAACUUGAAGGCGCAUCCAACGUUGCCGGAAAAAAUCAAGGAAACAGAGUCUGCAACGAUUAAUGGCUUGCAUUUUGUGCAGGUAAUAUAGUGAAUUGUCAUUAUCUGGAGCACUUUUUUACUCACUACUAGGUGGUGUACUUUGAAAUUAUACGCAGAUCUAACUAUGGUCUACUACAAUGUCUACGUGAGAGGGCAAUGCGAAUGCUAUCGUGAGUACUAAGCUCGGCUGAUGGACCUUACUUUUUGUUCUCCACCUAAAUUUCACUCGACCAGGUCAUGAAAAUGACGAAUUUAUGCCAUCCCUCUGCUACGUGUGCCGGGUAUCAGGGAUAUUUUAAGACCUUCUCUAGUUGGUGCCUGCAUCUUUCUGAUGCGCGAGGGCAAGUAUUUCAAGCGAUUGAGUUCGAAUCUUUGAAACCGAUUGGCCUUGACUUCAAGCGCGUCCUGCCAGGUGUAAAGCUCUUGCUGAAGGGAACGGUAUAACACCUAUGAAAUUCUUCACAAUGUGGUGAAACUCUAGUUGUAGUUGUGGAGUGGUGCGUAAGCGUAGACUACGCAUCUUAUCGCUCCUAUUUCCCUUUUGUUGGAAAUAGCCUUUUGUUACCAGAAAUCUCACGAAUUCGAUUAUGUAAUUUUUGUUGAUAAUCUACUAAACGUAAACAGGUCCAUGUGAAGAAGGGUUUUAUGUAUUUGACACCAAGAAAUUGCAGUAUUCUAGGCGGAAAAGUGGAGCGAUUGCUCCAGCAGCACGAGGCGUACUUGAACGCACCAGAGAAAAUCUUGUGGCUCACAACCAUGCCUCUUUCUGAGAGGAAAGGUAUUGAGUAAGGACAUUGUCUUACUGUCAUUUUCGUCUUAGUUACUAGUACAAAGAACUGCACUACCUUCGGAGCAAGAAGAUGAAAAAUAGGUAUGACGAUCUCUAGGAUUGAUCAAGUCGAUGUGCAUUUCUAUAUUGAUGAUGAACACAUGUACUAGUACUUUGCCGAAGUUAUUACUAUUAAGUUUAGUAGCAGGACAUACGUAUAGAUACGAUGUUGAUCAAGAAUCUCAAUCUGACCCUGAUAAAUCCUCCACAUCAACGGACAUAAAAUGUCAACAGCCUUGAACCGCUUGCCGAAUGAUGUGAAGCCGCCUGAGUUCCAGCCUUAUUCUGCGGGUAUGGCGAAGAAUCGGGUCAUCACCGAGGUUUCUAUUGAUGCGCCAGCUCAAUCAGAUGCGGAGUUCUGGGAGAUGGUUGACGAAGAGGAAAAGGCUCUCGCCGCUUAUGAGGCCUACGAGAUUUAUGGCUUGAUACUACCCAAAGUUCAUCUUAGAUGUACGUAGUAAGUGCGAGACACAUACAUACUUUUUUGGUUCCUUUUUCAAGAGAAAAAGAGGGCGUCAGAGAUGCUUCUAUAUUUUUCAUGCCGUAGACCAUCUAAGGGCAUACAUUCUAGAAGAACAUAGUUGUACAUUCUACUAGACGAAUAAUAUCAUUUGCUGUAUUAAGUUCUUCUCUAAGAAGUCGAGCAGACUGGCUACUACGAUGAAUACGGCAAUUGGAUAGAAACUGGCUCAGGAGGACAACAUGGGCAACAACACGGUGGUCAGCACGGAGGAGGUGGUGCUUACCAUCACGCUGGUGGAGGUAAUCAACACUAUAAUGAACAACAUCAAGGUGGAGGAAAUCAACAUCAUCAAGGCGGUCCUCAGCCUGGUGGUCAGCAUCAAUAUGGAGGAGGAGGUGGAAAUAUGAACAACUCAUCGGGUGGAGGGCAGUAUAGCAAGAUGAGUGAUCAUGGUAAGAUGAACGGCAAGAACAAUGGGAAGUUUGGUGGAGGUGGAUACAAUAACAUUAAGGCUCUUAGCAUUUUCCAGAUUGCAUCGUGUCCAACGUACAAACAUCCUUGACUUUACUUUUCUAUUCUUGCGAAAGAAAAAAAGGCAGGGAUGCUCUGCUGGUGAGGAAUGCAAUUAUACUAGUGGAACGACCGCUAAUGAAAAUCAGCAUCAAGGUGGCGGAGAGCAGCAGUACGGUACGAACGGAUACAACGGCGGAGGUGAUGGCUAUGGUGGCUCUAAUGGAUAUGGAGGGAGCAACCAGCAGAGAUCAUCAAAGGACUAUGGCAUCCGCAAGUCGGGCAGCAAAGACGGAGGAAGUGGCUACAACAAUGGGAACUACGGAGGAGGGGGCGGAAAGCAGGAUUACGGCGGCUACGGCAAGCAAGACGGGGGCUCCUACGGUGGUUACAACAAUCAAGAUGGCGGCGGUGGUGGCUACCCACAGAACUACAAGGAUGGCGGCGUUAAAAAGGGCGGUGGAGGCAACUCCUACUACGGAGGGAGCAAACCGUCCGACUAUAAUCAUGGCGGCAAGUCCUCAGACAAUUACAACAAUAACUACAAUAAUAAUUACAAUAAUGGUGGUGGAGGUAAAAAGGGUGGAGGUGGUAAAAAAGGCGGUGGAGGUAAGAUGAAGGGAGGUGGCGACUUCGAAAUGAAAGAGCGGGACCAGAGCAGUGUGAUGGCGCAAUUACAGCGUUUCAAUGCGCUCGAGCAAGCACAGAACAACCCACAAAUGCAACAGCCUGGCAGCGGGAAUCUUGAACAGAGUGGGAUGAACAACAGCGGGAUCUUGAAUCAGAGUGUCGCCAGCGGCGCAAGUGGGCAACAAAUGGGCCAACAAAUGGGGGCCCCCCAACAUCAAAUGGGGACCAUGCCCGGUCCUGGCGGCCAGCAAUUCAAUCAACAACAGCAAAUGCACCAGUCCCAACAGGAUAUGCAGAGCUUUCAAAUGCAACAAAACUUUCAACAACCACAGCAGCAAAAUUCCUUUCAGCAACAGCAACUUCAGGGCAUGCCGCAGCCGCAACAGAUGCAGCCGCAACAGAUGCAGCAGCAACAGAUGCAGCAGCAGCAGCAACAGCAAAACUUUGCGCAGAACAACGUACAACAGCAGCAAAGUGCCAUGUUUCCACACAUGAACUCCACACCGCAUCAACAUCCUGGAGGCGGCAUGCCGGCGCAGGAGUCUCGGAUGUUCCCAGGUCAGCAGCUAGGCGGUACUCCGACACCGCAAAACUUCAAUGCACAGCAGCAGCAGCAGCAGCAGCAACAACAGCAGCAGUUUCUCCAGCAACAGCAGCAACUUCAAUUAUGAGUUUAAGUAGCCGAAGCCGACAAUUCCUUUUCUUUGCUUGGACGUUGGAGAAAUGACAAUCUCUUGGGCGUCGAUUGUCGCGGCACAUGACAUUUUCCAUAGGACAUUUCCUUUUCGUUUUACAUUGUUCUAUCUAGGACGAAUAGAUACGAUUCAUCUUGUUAUCAGCGAUCCCGAGGUAAAACCUAGGCCUCGGCAAUGACAUGAACUACGGUAAUAUUUAUUCAUCUACUCUAAUUUUUCAGUAUCGAUGGGAAUGAAGACUCGUCUACUCUAAUUUUUCAGCAGCAACAGCAGCAAUUGCUACAAGAACAACAGCAGGGACAGAUGAUGCAGGCUCCUGGGAUGCAAUUUAAUCAAUUUGCGAACGUGCAACAGGGAAUGAUGAGCAUGAGCAUGGGGCACAGUGGACAGAAGGGGGUCCUUUCGGGAAAGAAAUACUGAUAAAUAACUUUUUCGUGUUUCUUGUUUUCAUCCUAGUUAGGGCUUCUACCACAAUGAAUAACAAAGGACAAUCCUCAUGCUCCUAAUCCUAUUCUUGAUGAAGCUACUCAUUAUCAAGUAGAAAACGCACUGGUGCAAUGGAAAAGUUACCAACUAGAAAGUAAAGUAGGUCACAGGAUCUUUGAGCGACGUCUCUGAAAUUGUGACUCAUCACAAGAUCUGCGACUUUUAGCAUGUCGCGACUCAAAUCGUUUUCUAAGCGAGGAUGAGGAUCAUGUAAAAAGAAUGAUUGACAACGAGCUGAAGACUUUUAGUUUUAGUUUUAUCUUCGUAUGAUUAUUCACAUACAUAGCUUUUUCUGCAUUAGAAGACACGUCGCAGACGCAACGAAUAUUCCAAACCUUCACCCCUUAUCGCUGGUCCCGUCCCAGUGUCUGCUGCGUUGCAGUGAGCCCCACACUGACUAGUCGCCCCACUUCAGUCAUAAUAGGAUUUUUAUAAGGUUCGCAGAUGAACAUGAACAACCAUCAACUCAUGUUUUAAGAGGUGCCCUACUUACGUUUUGAAAAUAACAGAGCCCUCGCUACCAGAGAUCUUGCAAGCGUCUCACUUUUCAGGGAUGAUGAUCCAGCACUUGAGUGGUGCGUAACGUGCGGCGUGCCUCUCAU